AUGGUUCAUAAUUUCUAUUUGGCUAAUGAUCUUCUUUGCAGGCAUUCCUUGAUGAACUUUCGUUCUGCAACCCUAUCCAUAUUUGUCUCCUCUGAUGCUUCUUGGAAUCAUUCGACGGGUAAGGCUGGCUUCGGUUUCAUUAUCUACACUAAUUUUCACUCCAUUCUUCUUGCAGGUCUGCCGGUGGUUCUGCUCUUGUCCUCCGAAGCGGAGCUGCUAGGGCAAUCCAUCUUAGCGAACAAUGAGAUACAGAGGCCCAUCUCCAUUCAAUCAAGUAGACCAGAACCUGCAAAAGCAUUAAACUAUUCGCAAAUUGAUCGGUUGCUUAACUUUCUCUCACUCCAGAACAGUGACAUACAUAGACUCAUCUGCAUUCAAUCAAGAAGUAAAAACUUCAACACAGGCAACUACCAAACUUCCACAGGAUUCAUGGUUCUCUUCCUCCAAGAGCUGCGCAACAAGUUGCAGGCUUCCCUUGCUGCAACGAGAAGUAGAAACUUUAACAAAGGCGAUUACCAAACUUCCUCAGAAUUCAUGGCUGUCUCCCUCCAAGAGCUGCGCAACAAGUUGCAGGCUUCCCUUGCUGCAACCCCGCUUUCAUCAUCUAUCAUUAUGGAGUUGGAGAAGUUAUCCUUGGCAAUGACUUCACUGGAGAGUGCAAAGAAGAAGCCGAACAAGAAGAGCAAUGACGUCAAAUCAUGGCUGUAUGAACUCCAACAAGCAGCUUAUGAUGCUUAUGACUUCCUCCAAUGCUUGCCUCUCAGAGCUCUUGAAGAGAAUGGCAUGGAGAAGGUGGUGCUCCAACAAACAGAACUCAUCAUCAAAGACAUCCAAAAAAGAUUAGAAAAGCUGAUGGAGGAACAACCUCCCUAUGCUGCGGUCCAUCAUCAUCUCCAGCAAAGUGAUGACAUGAACAGCAAGAUUUCAAGUCUGGGAAUCCCACCUGAUGAAGUGAGAGUGGUUGGAAGGGAUGAGGACAGAGCGAAGAUGAUCCAGCUAUUGACAUUUGAAGAAUCCUCUCAGAUGGAGCUUUCUCUCAUUGCAAUUGUUGGCCGGGCAGGUGUUGGGAAGUCCACUCUUGCCCGCUUGGUUUAUGAUGACGAGAGAGUAGCAAGCCAUUUCCCACUCAAGUUCUGGGUUUCCGCAUCAGAAAUCCAUGAUAAUGCAAGCCUGUUAAGAUCCGUUGCUUCAUCGUUAUCAAGUUAUAAAUAUAAAUUCGAGCGUGAACAUAAUCAUGAAGGCUGGAAAGAUCAUUUAGCAGCAAGCAGGUUCCUUCUCGUCCUUGAUGACUUCUGUUGUGGAGUGAUCGAGUGUCGCAGGCUAUGUGAUCUUUUUGGGACAGAAACAAGGGGAAGCAAGAUUGUGAUCUCUGUUGAAGAUGAAGAAAUUGUGAAAAAUAUGGGAUUGCAUUAUUUGUCCUGCUAUCCAAAAGAAUUGUGUCAUGAAGAUUCCUGGUCUUUGUUCAAAGAAUGCGCUUGUCUUAAUCUGGGGACAACACAGGUUAGCAGAAAAUUUGAGCAAGUUGGCAGGAAGAUAGUGAAGAAAUUAGAAGGGUUGCCUCUGGCUGCUAGGAUGGUUGGUUGUCUCUUGUGCUCAAACACUGAUUUAACUGACUGGAAAAUAAUCUUGAAUGCUGAUGUCUGGAAGGCUAAAGCUGAUGACUUAUAUGGCAUCCCUGCUGCUCUGUGGCUGAGUUAUAAACACUUGCCUUCACACAUCAAGCGCAGCUUGGCAUACUGCUCUGUUUUCCCUAGAGGACACAUUUUCAACAGGGAAGACUUAAUCCAUAUGUGGAUAGCUCAGGGUCUUAUUCAACCUCAAGAAGGCACAAGAAUGGAGGAUUCUGGCAUUGAAUACUUUGACUAUCUUGUGCGCAGGUCCUUCUUCAGGAGCAUUGAGCCUGAUAAUGAUAUGGCUCCUAUGUUUCGCAAAUUAGCCAGGCCUGAUUAUGUUAUGCAUGAUGUGAUUCACAAGUUAGCUGUUGUUAUCGCUCUUGGUGAAUCUCUUCGUAUAUCAGGUGGUGAUAAAUCUUAUGAAAAUGUGGAACGGACUCAACGCAACCAUGAAAUACAGAGGAAGAAGGUACGCCAUUUAUAUCUUCAAUCUGAUUGCUUAGCAUUGUCUGAAGUUCUGGGUUUGAGCAUGUUAGGUGACAUAGAAACACUUGUUUUCUAUCGAACAAAUGAGCUCAGUUUUGAUUACGAUUCCUUGUUUAAGAGGUUGACAUCCGUCAGAGUAUUGUAUUUGUGUGACAAAGAACUGGAAGUCAUGCCAGAAUCUAUUGGCGAAUUAAAACAACUCAGAUGUUUGAACCUUUCCAAGACAUCCAUUGUUGCGGUUCCUGAACAAGUGUGCGGCCUCUUUAAUUUGCAAACUCUGAAGCUUGACUGGGAUGCACCUCGUUUCCAUGUUACUUAUUGUGAAAAGUUUCCUGAGGGGAUGUCAAAGUUGAUUAACCUGAGGCACUUUAAAGCACGGGACUGCAAGAUUCCUAAAAUUGGAAGGCUCACAUGCCUGCAGGAUCUGGAGGAGUUCAUUGUCUCAAGAGAAGAAGGCCAUAAGAUAGAGGAACUCAAGUACAUGAACCAGAUAACGGGUUCACUUGCACUUCAUUAUCUUGACAAUGUGUAUACUGAGGAGGAGGCCAAGGAAGCCGCACUAAAUGAUAAAGAGCAUCUGGAAGACCUGUAUCUGAGUUGGCGUUUGCCUGGUGUUUUUCAAGAAGAUACAAUUUUUGAAGCUCUGAAGCCACAUCCAAACCUGAAGAAGCUCACGAUUGCAAGAAAUUUGGAAACAGCAACACCAAGCUGGUUGGAGGAUGGCUCACUCUGCAAUCUUGAAUCUUUAAGAAUCAGUCAAUGCCACAAUUUUGACCUCCUACUUCUUGGACAACUUCAAUCUCUAAAGUCACUGUGGGUGAAUGACUUAUCUGAGUUGCUAUGGCUUGGCCCCCGGUGUUGGAAUGGAGGAGAAGAUGUCCUAUUUUUACCUUGUCUCAGCCAACUUCACAUAGAGGAAUGCUUUAGUCUAACAGAAUUGAUCCCCCUCCCACCAACACUGGAAACGUUGCAGUUGAAACAAGUGGGGCUGCAAGUGCUUCCUGGAUUUCAGCAGAGCAGAAGCUCAUCAGCAUCUAGUUUUUCACUGACAUCAGUGCAUAUUUCUGAUUGUUAUAGAUUGACAAGUCUCCAAGUGGGACUGUUACAACACCAAAACCAGCACCAGCUCCAAGCUCUCACCAGACUGACAAUCUCAAAUUGCAACCAGCUUCUUUAUUUGCCUGAUCAUGGUUUCUCAGCUCUCAAUUCACUCCAGUUCUUGCACAUUGAACGUUGCAAAAAUCUUAAAUAUAAGAGAGUGGAGAAUGAAAAUGCCAAUGCCAAUCUUCCCUCAUCACUCCUUGAGCUGAAAAUCAUGGAAUGCCCUCAUCUAACCAAUGACUCAUUUUUUAUGGGUCUGGAAAGUCUUCACUCGCUCACUUCAUUAAAGAUUAGUUGUGGCCUGGGAAAACAGCCUCAGGAAGUCGAGCUACUAACAUCACUCCCCCAUCAGUUGCUGCAACAAAUGAAGGCACUCACAGAGCUAAGUAUCAUUCGUUGCCGGGGGCUUGAGUUGCUUGGUUUCGAAUCACUAGUGUCACUAAAGACUAUGAAGAUUAUUGGAUGCCGAAAGCUGCAGACUGAAUGCUCAUCCCUUGUGGAUACUUCUCCAUUGCCUCUGGAAUAUAUGGAGAUCAAGGAGAGCUCACUGCAAAUACUCACUGAACAACUGAUGAGUAGGCUCACCUUCUUGCGUGAGUUAAAAUUAGUGCAUUACUGUCCCAUGGCAAGCUUUCCAAAAAGUAUGGAUGAUGGGCUCCAUUGUCUUGUAUCACUCCAAAGGCUGCAUUUUCUUUUGUGCCACAAGCUCCGAGCUUUGCCUGAUGAACUUGCAAGCAUCCCCUUCCUCAAAGAACUGUACAUUAUAGACUGUAAGAAGCUCAAGUGCCUGCCAGACAAGGGAGUGCCACUCUCGCUUGAGUUGUUGGUCAUUCACGGUUGUGGGGAUCUCUACUAUAGAUGCCUUGAUGGUGGUGAAGACUGGCCCAAAAUCUCUCAUGCCUUUGUUCAAGCUGAAUAUGGAAGUUCUGAUGAUUCUUCGUGA